AUGUGGUUUGUUGAUGUAUUUAAUAAUGACUAACUAAAUAACUUUUUAAAGUGUUUUAAUAAAAUAAUAAUAUUAGCAGAAUGUUCCUUAAUAUGAAGUGCUUUUCGCUGUUGUUGUUGUUGUUGUUGUUGUUGUUGUUGUGGUACAACUAACAUAUCAAUUAAUCACAUAUACUAAUCUUUUAAAUACUCAAAAAAACAAAACCAUUAUGACAUUUCUAUCGCCAAGCAGAUUAGCAGUUUCUUUAUAUGUAUCCAUGCAACUCAUCAUAGCUGGAUUUUACUAAAAUGCAUUUACUCAUGUACUUUUUGAGGUACUUGUACUUGAGUGUAACAAUUUAAUGCAAAUUCUUACUUAUAAUCCACUACAUUUCAGAGAAAAAUAUUGAACCUUUUACUCCACUGGAUUUACUUGAAACGUAUUCUUACAAGUACAUGUUUACAUAUUAAAUACCUACCAUACUACUUAACUUCCAAUCUAUGAUAGAAGUAAAAAGUAAAAGUAUUUAAAAAGUUGAUACUUUUGAUACUUUAUGUACAUUUUCCUUAUAAUAGUUUUGUAUUUUUCCUUAAGAAUGAAUUUAGGAAAUUUACUUGUAUUGGAGUAUUUUAGACUGGUAGGAUCUGAGUACUUCUUCCACCUCUGACACUCAUUACAGACAAUUUAACUGAAUGUGCAUCAGUUAUGUUGCGUUUUUAAUUUUCAACAAUUCCCUUCCACAUUGACAAGUAGUUUAAUUAGUAAUCUGCUCCUCGAAUUUGUCCAUGAAGUAGUGAGCUCUUUUGAAACAUGUACUGGGUCUAAUAAUAAUUAUAUUGCAUUUUUGCUUGUACUCACGCUGGUGGGGUGGAUGAGCGGUAGUGGCAGCAGAGACAACGGGAUGAAGACGACGACGAUCAGCUUCCGCGCUGCCCACAGCUUCCUGAACACAUCCAUCCUGGCUGCGGCCUCCAGCCUCAUGAAUGACCCGGGACACUGGGUCGGACCGGCCAGCACUCAGCACCACCCGGUGUGAAAGUUACUAAUCUGCUUACACGAAAGCACCAUCGACUGUGGGGAGCCGGAGGGGGAAGCACUCUUUGGGGCGCGUAAAGUUGUCUUUUGGCUGUGCGCCUUUACGCACAGACCGUGGACGGUGACCGGACCUGAGUGUGGCUCUGUGAGCGCGGCAGCAUCAUGAGGGGGAGUGCAGAAGGGGGUUUUCCUCUCCGCUAAGGGAGUGAGGAGAGAAGAAAAGAAGUAAGAGAAGAGGACAGAAACUUUCCUCUAAAGGAUCUUCCCACCUCUCACUGAGACUGGACCAUGAGGCUGUGAACCUUUCCUCUAACGGAGCUCUUCUUCCUCAUCAGCUGACCCAAUGUCUCCAAAAGGUGGACCCCCCACUCGGAGCAGGGGCACCCAACUCUGGAUGAUGCUGUGCAUUCUGCUCUGCGCCGUGGUCCUGGCCGUGGGCUCCACCCUGAGCCCAGAGGACUUACAAAGCACCACAACGCUGCCAGAGGACUGGACCGGCACCACCAUCCAGCUGCAGCCAGACCUGCAGACCGAAAACCAGAUGAUCAAUGAAGCACAGACUGAAGCACAGACUGAAGCACAGACUGAAGCACAGACUGAAGCACAGACAGAUAAACAGACUGAAACACAGACAGAAGCACAAGCACUGACAGGGACACAGACAGAAGCACAGACUGAAGCUCUGCAGACUCAGAGCAUCACCAGAAACUACACAGGUCUGUCCUGCAUCCUGAUCCUGCCUCCACGCCGCGGCUCCUUCUACGUAGAGAGCGGCACCGGCGCGUCCAUCGGCAGCGUGUUGGCCUUCUGGUGCAGGGAGGGGUACCAGCUGGUCGGCAGCGACAAAAUCUCCUGCAACGUGAAGAACGGCAAGCCGCAGUGGAGCAACUACCUGCCUGUCUGUGAAGCGAUCCCCAGACCUGAGGACCGGGGUCUGAGAGUGGCUGUGUUGGCGUCAGUAGUGAGCGGCAUCGUCAUCCUCGCCAUGUCUCUGUCCUUCCUCAUCUGCUGCCUGCAGGAGCGAUCCGGCCGAGACCGGACCAAGAAGGAAGGACGGAGCAGGUGUCUCCUCCUCAGGCGCAGGGAGACACGCUCCAACCGACGUAGCCAGUGUUGGCUGGAGAGAGAAGAGGGAGAGUGGGAAGCUUUCCCUCCUCCCAAGAUCUUCCACCUCUCCCAGAGGAUGAACCCCCGCCUGGCUCCUGACAGUCCCCUAUACCUGACUGGAGGGCUGGGGGGAUACGAGAACAGGGGGUACCAGAGGAGUCAGGAGAGUUUGCUGAAGGCCUCUCUGCCCGGACUCUACCGCUCCGAGUCUCAGCUCUACCCCCAUGUCGUACUGCAGAGAGUCCCGACACCCACAGCCCCCUCCGCUCCAGCCGCCCCGCUCUACCUCCACCUCCCAUCGUCCUCCUCCACGUCCUCACCCGCCCACACCGCCCCCCAUGGGCAGCCUCACCUCAUGGCGCAGUACCCUACCCCGACCUAUCCGCCACACCCUAACACAGCCGUGCCGCCCUACCCUCACCCGACACCGGCGCCCAUCUAUCCCAACCCCAACCCCACACCACAGCGGCCAUGGCAAUAGCUCCUUGUGAGGACGUUGAAGGGACACAUGGAGACUUCUUCCUCGUCUUCCUCCUCCUAGCUUUCUCCCACAGAAAGGAUGCAAUGUUCCAGAAGAGACCUAAAGGACAUGUGUAAAGCUGGAGAUGCAGUACAGAAGGUCCCUCUUUUACUGCAUGCUGCUUCUCCUGCAUUUCGGACUGAACAGGAAGUGAACACUAGUUUUCUGUCUUUCAUUCUUACCGCUGCUGUAAUUUCUGCAAGAGGAGUUAUGUAGAGAAAGUCUUUCUUUCUUCGAGAACUUACAAGAAAGUUCCAAGUAGGGUCAACGCAGGAACACAGGGAGGUGCACUUUAAGGUGGACUAAUUCUGGAAGGAUUUGAAGGUUCAUGAAGGAAUAUGGCCGCCUCUGUUUAGGUAAUCUUAGGCAAAUCUUUCAGCAGUAUUAAUUUUUUAAUAGUUUUAUGUAAAGAAAAGGAUCCCUAUCAGCCUUCCUGAGGUCCACAAAAUCUAAUCUAGACAUGUAAAUACGGUCUAUAUUUUUGCUUUAAGAAUUAACAUGAAUUUCUGCAACCUGACGUAUGAGGUAACAAACGGUUUGGGCUCACUUUACAGAUCUUAUUAAUAAGUCCUGGUACUUUCCCACACUGCAUGGAGAAAACAGACUGACAGGACUUCACACUGUGAUUAAAAUGCUGCUGUGUGUGCUGAUUGUAUGGGUUGAAUAAUACAGGGAUCACUUUAAAAGGUCAACUAUUAUGCUAUUAAAUCCACUUUUUCAUGUCUUUUAUACAUAAAUGCGUCCCCUCUGUGUUGGGAGAUUCUGAAUGCUUCAGGAAAAAAGAUUCUCUUUUUGUCCUGAUUCAUUUGUAUAAAAACCUGUCUGAAAAUAAGCUGAUCAGAUUUUGGCCACUUUGUGAUGUCACAAUGUGUUAUGGGGUUAUGCAGCCAAUAUCAACCAAGGAACACCAACUCACCUUAUCACUGAAUCUCCUCCUAGAGCGUUGGGUUUUGAACCAAUCAUAUUACAGAGGGGCGUGGCCAGAGCGCUUUAGCAUUUAAAGCCACAGACACUGAAUCAGCACUUUGGGAACCGGGCUGAAACAGGGCGGUUUAUGUGAUGCUACAAAGCAUGAUCUGUUUGGUAUUUCGAGCCAAACUGAUCAGAGACGAAGUGUAUAUAUCUGAGACCUAUAAUGUAUUGUUGAAAAAGAGUAUAGUAGGAGACCUUUAAGUGUAUCCUUUUGUUCUCACCAAAAUUGUUUUGUUUGUAAUGCCACGACUCAUUCUGUCCCAACUAUCUAUGAGAAGUUUGAUUUGGGAAUUGACUGGUAAAGUGUUCUGGAUUCUGAAGAAUAAUUACAAACACAACAUUCUUAGGUUAAAGGCUGGUUUGAGCCUUGCAUAAUGAAGAUUCAGAUAAAAGGAGAACAUUUUUAAACAUCUUGUGUGAUGUAACAGAGGUUCUCUGUAAAUGCACUGAGCAUCAGGAUAACAAACGAGUGUGGACCUAUGAACUCUGAUACACUUGAAUUAUUUUCAAAUUUCGGCUGUAGUUGUGAACCUCGACAUCAAAUGUAUAUGUUAAUUCUUAUUUUAUUAACCUUGAUAUUCCCUGGGUUUAUCUACAUGCAUUCAUAAACUCAAGUCCAUUCAUACUCCAGCUGUAGGCACACUAACAAACUGCACUUUACAUUUUUAGACAGCGGGGAUUAAACGUCUUUUCAUAAAUAUUUUACUGUGAACUAUUUGUUGUAAAAUAAUAAGACUGCCAUACAAGCUGAAUAAAGAGACUUUUGUUUAGUUG